AUGAAUAAGAUUUUCAGCUUCGGCAAGAGGAAGGAGCAGUCUCCAUCUCGCCCCUCCAACAAGCCGCCAAAUUUCUUUGGGGUCCAAAUACCCAACCCAUCCGAAGGAUACCUGAUCCGGAGCAAGGACCUCGGAAAGAUCCAUAGAGCUGCCUUGCGCGGGGAUGUAGCGAAGGUGCAGCAGCUGCUGCUGCUCGGAAAAAACUCCGUAAAUGAUCUGGAUAAGGUGAAGCGAACACCUCUUCACCUGGCUUGUGCUAAUGGACAAUCAGAUGUUGUGUGUCUCUUAGUAGAGAGAAAAUGUCAACUAAAUUUGCUGGAUAAGGACAAUCGAACACCUUUAAUGAAGGCAAUAGAGUGUCGGCAGGAGGAGUGUGCAACAAUCCUGCUGGAACAUGGUGCAGACCCUAAUCUUGGGGAUGCCAGGAACAACAAUGCACUUCACUAUAUUGCCUCUGGUCGGACCAAAUUCAUGGCAGAAAAACUGGUUAAAUAUAAAAUUGAUAUUGAAGCAAAAAAUAAGGAAGGCCUUACACCACUUUUGCUUGCGAUUUCAACAAUGAACUUUGAAAUGGCAGGUUUUCUCUUAAAAAAUGGAGCAAAUGUAAAUGCCUUGGAUAGCUGUAAAAGAACGGCCCUUAUGAUUGCUGUCAGUGUGGAAUCAAUAGGCUUGGUCACUCUUCUUCUUCAAAAUAACGCUGAUUAUACUCUCCAAGAUAUAGCUGGAUGGACAGCUCAGACGUAUGCUGAGCGGUAUGGUUAUCCUGUACAUAUUUAUCACAAACAAAUUGAAAAACAACUGGAACGUAAUAAUUCCUGUCCACCCCAAAUCAGCUGUUCAGAGGAGACUUCUGGCACUGUAACAUCCCUGGAUAAAAAAGCAGAAGAAAGUUCUUCAGAAGAUUCUAUAAGCAGACUCUCUUACAAAACAGGACCUGAUGAGACCUUGCCAAUGACAGAUGAUGAAUUGGAUUUUGAUACAGAGUGUUCCCAUGAAAGUCUCCUGGAAACAUCUGCCAGACGUCUAUUUGUAUUCAGAAAUCAAAACAUAAAAGAGAAAAUUUCCUUAAGAAAAAGUGAAGAUUUCAUAGAAGAAUUUGAUUUAACUGACACAGAUGACAUUGAUGGUAUUUUUCUUUUUUUUUUUUUCCCCUUUAUUUACAACUAUGAGAAUAAGUGUAAUUUUUUUUUUACAAAAUCACACAUGAUAGAAAAUGCAUCCUAUAGUCUUCAGGUUCUCUCUCUCUCUCUUUUUUUUAAUUUUGCAUUUUGAACACUUUAUUUCAAGUUUCAUUUUUAUACUUCUUGGCUCUUUUCUUUAUUGCAUGGAAUCACAUGAAUUCAAUGCUGCAUGUAUUCCCCAAUUCAAGUUGUCAUACAUGAACCAAUAUUAUAUUAAGUAUCUCCUGUUUGACUCUAGGAUGCAAAGACUAAGUUAUUAUUAUUAAGUUAUUAGUCACAAGGGAUUUACUUUCCCUAAAGAGGUACAAUAUAAAAACAGGUAAGUAUGUUACAAGAUCUGAGAAAACUGAAAGAAGAGUAUAAAAGGUUAAUAAAUGGUUGUGGAAGAAAGAUUUCAUAGAUGUGAUUCUUCCUAUAAUAAAGAAGUAGGAUGCCAGACAAGAGAAUGACCUACUUAAGUGCCAUAAGAAGAUUACUUAAGAGCAUUGUAUAGAGUAAACCAGAUAAGGUAGGAAUCUGAGAUAAGAAAACCAGAUAGAAAUUAACUGCAAAAAUCCAGGUAAGCAUUGAUGAGAUAAUGAAAGCAGAAAGGUAGAUUUGGGAAUGAAGAAAAGGGAGGUGAUGACAUUUAUUGUGGAGUGCCCAUUAGACUAGAAACCUGACAGCACUGAUAACUAAGAAGGUAGAAGAGGGUAAAACAAGAAAUGAGGUACUCAGGCUUGACUAUUUUAAAUUUGAAGCUCCAGCAAGACAAAUAGGCUGAGAAGUCCAGGAGCCAUACCUUUUAAAAUUCAUGGGUCUAAUGAAGAGCAGAAGUCAAUCAGACUAACAUCUUCCUUCCUCUGGACAUUGCAUCGCUUCUAAUGAAAUUAUAAAUCAUAUUGUGCUAGCUUUUUUUUUUUUUUGGCAACUAUCUAAAGUGAUAUUUAAAAUAAACAAUUCAAAAAAUACAAAUUCUGAAAAAAACCUUUAUCCAUAUCCUCCUAAUUUGAGUCUGAGCUUGUAUUGGUCAUUUUGUUAAAAAUGAUGACAGGUAAUUUGUCAAGUACUUUGCUGAAAUUUAAGUAUACAAUAAUCCCUUGGUCAUUCAGUCUAGUAACCUUAUCAAAUUGUGAAAAUAGUGUGGUAUUGUCUAUUUUGGCCAUUUCCCAAUGAAAUUCUGAUAAUAGAAUGAGAUUAGCAAGAAACAAUAAGAGAUUUUCACAGUGAGACAGUAUUUGAGGUUAUAAGGUCAAGAAAGAUAAAGACUGAGAAAAAAUCUUAUCUGAUUUAUCAAUUAAAAUACUAUUACUAACCUUGGAGUAAGACAUUUUGAUAGAGAGUUAGGCACAAAGCCAGAAAAAAAGUUUCAAAAGUGACUAUAAACAAAUUUGUUAAUUAAAAAAGAGUGGAGAUGUUGGACAAUAAUGUGGAGAUGCCAUAAUUAAAUUAAAAAUGGAUGAAAAUGUAGAGACCCCCAAAAUUAAUUAAUUAUUGUAUAUUCUGGUAAGAUUAUCCAUUUCAUCUCUCAUUAUUCUAUAUUUGCACUUUUUAUAUUAUUGUAAUCUUGUCAUAUUUUAAAAGAGAACAUUUAAACUCAUAAGCUGUUAGAAAUGUAUAUUUCAAGUUAAGGCCUAAUCUUCAAGAAGUAAGAGUAUUCUGAAAGAUAAAAGAAACUUAUACUGAAAUGAAAAUAGUUCAUAUUUGAAAAAAAUGAUGCAACCAUGUUUAGAAGAAAGGAUAGUUAGUUUAAAAAAUAUUCACUGAAAGGAUGCAAAUUGUAAGUAUAUUGUGGGAAAAUAUUUCAAAAUAGUGAAUAAAGAGCUGGCCUAAUGGCUUAAAUCACAUGGUUUCUAAUUUCAUCUAUGAUUCAAAGUAGUUAUGUGAUCCUGGGCAAUUGACUUCGAGAUUGAAAUUUCUGGCCCAAAGCCAGAAAAAAUAACUUGAGGAAUGACUGUAAAUAACUUUAGGAAUUAGACAGAUAAAAUGGGGGGGAGAUACUGGGACAAUAACUUGGAGAUGCCGCAAUUAAACAAAAUGUGGAAGAAAACUUAAAAUUAAAUAUUUAUUUCAUAUUCUGGUAUUUUUAUCUCAUUCAUACAUCAUUACCCUUUCCUUGCACUUUUUAAAACUAGUGUA